CCAGUUCCCGGCCGCUGUCAGAGAGCGGAGUCAGUUCGCAGCGGGUUCGGGAUCCGAGCGGCUCCUCCCGGGAACUGAGCCCGACCCCGACCCCGAGCGCCCUCACUGGGAUAGGAGUCCGGAUACAGGAACCGUCUGCCGGAAACUCACCUGGUUACCUGUCCGGAUAGGGAUUUGCUUUCCGGACUCACCUGGUUACCUGUCCCGGGAAGGGAGAUACAGGAGGAGGAGGAGGAGAUUCGUUAAGCUGCUAUUGGCCGCUCGGGGAGCUGGUCGGUAAGACUGAGAGGUGGCUAUCUCUGGGGCCAAUGUUCCUGUGACAGAACCAUGUCUGAAGUCCAGGAGGCUGUGGUACUGGAGGAAGAAGAGGAGGAAGAAGAUGCCUCUAACAGCUGUGGGACGGGGGAAGAUGAAGACGACGGGGAACCGAAGAUCUGCCGCGCGUGUGGGGACCGGGCCACGGGGUAUCACUUCAACGCCAUGACGUGCGAGGGCUGCAAGGGGUUCUUCAGGCGGGCCAUGAAGCGGAAGUUGCAGCUCAGUUGCCCUUUCCAGAAUUCCUGCGUCAUCAACAAGAGCAACCGGCGCCACUGCCAGGCCUGUCGGCUCAAGAAAUGCCUGGACAUCGGGAUGAGGAAAGAGCUGAUCAUGUCGGAUGAAGCAGUGGAACAGAGGCGAGCGCUAAUCAAGAGAAAGCAGAGAUUGGCCGAGUCGCCCCCAGAGCCCCCCGGAACCAGUCUGACCCCCGAGCAGCAGCACUUUGUCACCGAACUGGCCGGGGCCCACACCAAAACCUUCGACUUCAACUUCUCCUCCUUCAAGAACUUUCGGCCAAUAAAGAGAUCCUCAGACCCAACCCAAGACCCAGAUGACGAACCCCAAGCGACGUCUUCAGGAGCCUUCCUCAUGCUCCCCCACAUCUCCGACCUCAUCACCUACAUGAUCAAGGGGGUCAUCAGCUUUGCCAAAAUGCUCCCCUACUUCAAGAGCCUGAACAUUGAGGACCAAAUUGCUCUGCUGAAAGGUUCUGUGGUUGAGGUUUGUGUGAUCCGAUUCAACACCAUGUUUGUCCCCGAGACCAAUUCGUGGGAGUGCGGCCCAAUCACGUAUAACACUGAGGAUAUGACUAUGGCUGGAUUCCGUCAACUGUUCCUCGAGCCCCUGCUGAGAAUGCACCGUAUGAUGAGGAAACUGAAUCUACACAAUGAGGAAUACGCCCUGAUGGCUGCCAUGGCCCUUUUCGCUUCAGACCGACCGGGGGUCCAAGACUGUAAGAAGAUCCAGAACCUGCAGGAACACAUUGCCCUGAUGCUGAAGAGAUACAUCGAGUGCCAGCGGCCCCUGUCCCCACAGAACAGGCUCCUCUAUCCCAAGAUCAUGGAGUGUCUGACGGAGCUUCGGACGGUCAACGACAUCCACAGCAAACAGCUCCUGGAGAUCUGGGACAUUCAGCCCGACGCCACCCCCCUGCUGCGAGAGGUGUUUGGGUCCCACAAUGAUUGAGGGGCCCUUGGGUGCUGUGGGUGCUGAUCCUUCCACUGAGGUUCUACUGGCACCGGCCCUGUCGGGGGCAACCAUGGCCAACCAACAACUGCCUACUGGCACCACUGGGUUAUUAGUUCAGCUGGUCGGUGCCAGUCUGUCCAUCAGCUCAAGGUGUUUAUGGAGACCUCAGUCAUCAUGUGGAACCUGGAAUGGAACCUGGAAUGGAACCUGGAAUGGAACCUGGAAUGGAACCUGGAAUGGUCCCACCUGGGUCUCCAACAUGGUCAGGAAAGUAAAACAAACUGGGUUCUGUGGCAAAGACUGGGCUAGAGACGCCCUGGCCCGACAUAGAGAGAAUCCUAGGGACACGCCUGGUCCAACAUAGAGAGACUAACGAGGUUCCGUGGCCCAAUAUCUGGGGCUGUAGGUUCUGCACAGGGUUUGGGGGCCUCAGAAUGUUUUUGGGUCUGGGGGUUCUGUAUCUGCACCAACCCAGACAGUUCGGGACCAAACUUCUCCCAAUACUGAAUGAGACUUGUUGGGAGUCGGUCACGGCAUUAGCCAAGAACUUACGGCAACAGCAGCCAAAACCUUCUCAGGGGUGAGCCCAAUGGGCCGGGGGGGGACCCCGACAUUCUAUGGAACUGUAAGUGAAUAAGGUUUAUCUCAGGGCACCCUUCUAUUUAUACUGACCUCCCCACUGGGCCUUUUGUUAGACGUGGGGGGGGGGGCAAAGGGCUAAAUGCUGGGGGUUCUGUCCCGGUAGGUAUCGGGGUGGGGGGGGGGGUACAUGUAAAAGAGCGUCUGUGUGUGAGUGUUACACGUGUGUUUGUACCUGUUCCGUAUGUUCUAUUUAAUUCUGGUGUUACUGGUACCGUAUUGCCUGGCGCCGGGUCCCUUUGGAUCCUCCGCCAUUUUAAAAAGUGGAAAAAA